UUGUCCCUAUACGCCAAGGCGUUUGUGUUGUUGCAUGUUGAGUAAACCGCAAAUUAUGAUCCACUAUACAAUUCAUUUUUGACUUCGGUUUGUGAAACAUAGUGAUUGUUUUUAUUACCUCCUAGGUGCUUGACGUAACACCUAAGUGAUGAUUAUAAGACAAAAAAAAAAGGGAUUUUUUAAAGCUUAGUUUUUUUGGGUAAUAGAAGCUUAGUUAAUAAAGCCAACCAAAAGUAUAGUACUGUGCCAUCCAAAAUAAUCACCCGCCCUUUCAUCUUUUCCUCUGUCUUAUUACUAGCUCUGAGUUUUAAAGAUGAACGACAUAAUCACCAUUACUUCUGGGUUUUAAGGAUUAUAUUGUUUUCUGUUGGUGGCAUUUCCAUGACUCGCAGCGUUUUUGUCAUCCACCUUCUGCUAUUUUGGAAUGUCUCUUCAGAAGUCUGAUCUUGUUAAUACUUUCUUGAUACCAGGAGUUGAAUUUGCCCAUUGCAUGGAUUGCGAUUGCAGUACUGAUUGGAUGUCCGUGGCACAACCUUCAUCCUGUAUCAAUCAUGUGUUGAUCAUUUGUUUUGAUGUUAUACUCCUGUUGUUCUUCCUAUUCACUCUAUUUUUCAAGUCAUAUUUAAAAUCUACCAACAUUCCUGCUCGUUUUUCUGGGUUCUCGCGUUUGCAGUUGGCUUCUGCUAUUUUUAAUGGUUUCCUGGGGAUAAUAUAUUUGUCCUUAUUCAUUUGGCUCUAUGUUGACCAGGUGAAGAAAACCCAUAGUACAUUACCACUGCGUUGGUGGUUACUAAUCUUGUUUCAUGGAAUUACAUGGUUAUCGGUAAGUUUAACCGCAAGCCUUCGAGGGAACCAUAUUUCAAGAACCCCUCUGAAGCUCUUGUCAAUUCUUGCCUUUGUCUUUGCUGGAAUUUUUGCGAGUGUGUCACUCUUUGCAGCUAUUAUUGGUAAAGAGGUAACAAUGAAGAUAGCUCUAGAUGUUUUGUCCUUUGUAGGAGCAUGUUUAUUGUUGUUAUGCACCUACAAGGGGCUGCAGCAUGAAGAGAGAGAUAAAAAUGAUCUUUAUACUCCCUUAAAUGGUGCUGCCAAUGGAAUCGGUAAAAGUGAUUCUGUUAGCUCUGUCACUCUGUUUGCUAAGGCUGGGAUUCUUAAUCAAAUGUCAUUUUGGUGGUUGAAUCCACUGAUGAAGAAGGGGAAGCACAAAAUUCUUGAGGAUGAAGACAUGCCCACAUUGCGUGAGGCGGAUCGUGCUGAAUCUUGUUACUUAAUGUAUGUGGAUCUACUGAACAAACAGACACAAGUUGAUCCCUCUUCCCAGCCGUCCAUUUUGAAGACAAUUGUAUUAUGUCACUGGAAGGAGCUCAUUGUCUCAGGAUUCUUUGCGCUACUGAAAAUAACUACUCUUUCUGCUGGUCCUCUGCUUCUUAAUGCGUUCAUUAAGGUUGCUGAAGGAGACGUAGCUUUUAAAAAUGAGGGAUUUUUAUUGGCUAUUCUGCUUUUUAUAUCAAAGAACUUGGAAUCCUUGUCACAAAGGCAAUGGUACUUCAGGAGCAGACUAAUUGGUCUAAAAGUAAGGUCUUUACUUACAGCAGCCAUUUAUAAGAAGCAAAUAAGAUUAUCCAAUGCUGCUAAGCUGAUGCAUUCUAGCGGCAAAAUCAUGAACUAUGUAACUGUGGAUGCUUAUCGAAUUGGAGAGUUUCCUUUUUGGUUGCAUCAAACGUGGACAACAAGUGUCCAGCUCUGCUUUGCUCUUAUCAUUCUCUUCCGCGCAGUUGGACUUGCAACUUUUGCAUCCUUGGUAGUGAUUAUACUCACUGUGCUGUGCAACGCUCCGCUAGCAAAGUUGCAACAUAAAUUCCAGACCAAGCUAAUGGUAGCACAAGAUGAUAGGCUCAAGGCUAUCUCAGAGGCUCUUGUGAAUAUGAAAGUUCUGAAAUUAUAUGCAUGGGAAACUCAUUUUAAGAGUGUAAUUGAAAGUUUGAGGAGAGUAGAAGAGAAAUGGUUAUCAGCCGUUCAGUUGAGUAAGGGAUAUAAUGUCUUCCUUUUGUGGUCAUCACCUGUUUUGGUCUCUGCUGCAACAUUUGGGUCUUGUUAUUUCCUACGUGUUCCACUGCAUGCAAGCAACGUUUUCACCUUUGUAGCAACUUUACGUAUUGUUCAGGAUCCAAUAAGAACCAUUCCUGACGUUAUUGGUGUGGUGAUUCAAGCCAAAGUUUCAUUUGCAAGGAUUGUCAAGUUCCUUGAGGCCCAUGAGCUAGAAAAUGCAAACGUUAGGCAGGAUCACAACUUUGCAAGUACACAUAAUGCUAUACUUAUCAAAUCAGCUAAUCUCUCAUGGGAAGAGAAUUCAUCUCGACCUACACUGAGAAAUAUUAAUUUGGAGGUUAGACCCGGUGAGAAGAUUGCAAUAUGUGGGGAGGUGGGCUCAGGAAAGUCAACUCUUCUGGGAGCACUUCUUGGAGAAGUUCCAAGUAUCCAAGGAACUGUUCAAGUUAAUGGAAGAAUUGCCUAUGUCUCUCAGUCUGCAUGGAUUCAGACGGGGUCAAUACGAGAAAAUAUUUUGUUUGGUUCUCCACUGGAUAACCAGAGAUACCAGCAAACAUUGAAAAAAUGUUCACUUUUAAAAGACCUUGAGUUGCUACCUUAUGGUGAUCUCACUGAAAUAGGUGAAAGAGGAGUUAAUCUUAGUGGUGGUCAAAAGCAGCGCAUUCAACUUGCUCGCGCACUGUAUCAUAAUGCUGAUAUAUAUCUCCUGGAUGAUCCAUUCAGUGCUGUAGAUGCCCAUACUGCUAGUAGUCUAUUCAAUGAUUAUGUCAUGAGAGCUCUCUCGGGGAAGACCAUCUUACUUGUGACUCAACAAGUUGAUUUUCUUCCUGCUUUUGAUGUAGUUCUGUUAAUGUCAGAUGGAGAAAUUCUACAUGCAGCUGCAUAUCAUCAGUUAUUGGCAUUGAGCAAAGAAUUCCAGGACUUGGUCGAUGCACACAAAGAGACCGCUGGUUCAGAAAGAGUUGCAGAGGUUAAUCCAUCAUCAAGGAGGGAAUCUCGUUCAAGAGAAAUUCAAAAAACUGAUACUGACAAAAAUUCUAUAGCCUCUGUAGGUGAUCAGCUGAUUAAGCAAGAAGAGAGAGAAGUCGGAGAUACUGGAUUUAAGCCUUAUGUUCAGUAUCUAAAUCAGAACAAAGGGUACUUCUUCUUUGUCAUGGCUGUACUCUCCUUCAUAACAUAUGUGGUUGGUCAGAUAUCACAGAACUCCUGGAUGGCUGCAAAUGUUGAUAAUCCCCAAGUUAGCACUUUGAGGCUUAUUGUAGUUUACUUGCUAAUUGGUGUUGUAUCAACAUUGUUUUUGCUAUCUCGAUCUCUAUUGACGGUCUUUUUGAGUUUGCAAUCAUCAAAUUCCUUGUUCUCGCAGCUAUUAAAUUCUCUUUUCCGUGCUCCUAUGUCAUUUUAUGACUCUACACCUUUGGGAAGGAUAUUUAGCAGGGUCUCAUCAGAUUUGAGUAUAGUUGAUCUUGAUGUUCCUUUCAACUUGAUUUUCGCUUUUGGAUCUACCACAAACUUCUAUGCUAAUCUUACAGUGCUAACUGCUGUCACUUGGCAAGUUCUGGUUUUCUCAAUCCCAAUGGUUUUUCUUGCCAUUCAGUUGCAGAAAUACUACUAUGCAUCUGCCAAAGUGUUGAUGCGGAUAAAUGGUACUACCAAAUCAUUUGUGGCUAACCAUCUUGCUGAAUCUAUUGCCGGAGCUGUGACUAUAAGGGCAUUCAAAGAGGAAGACAGAUUUUUUAUGAAGACUUUUGAGCUAAUUGAUAUAAAUGCCAGUCCGUUUUUCCACAAUUUUGCAGCAAAUGAGUGGUUGAUUCAACGAUUGGAAACUAUUAGUGCAACUUUUCUUGCAUCCUCGGCACUUUGCAUGGUUUUGCUUCCUCCAGGGACUUUCAGUUCAGGAUUUAUUGGAAUGGCUUUGUCCUAUGGUCUUUCCUUAAACAUGUCUCUUGUUGCUUCCAUUCAAAUCCAGUGCAGGCUAGCAAAUUACAUAAUUUCUGUAGAAAGACUUAACCAGUAUAUGCACAUUCCAAGUGAAGCUCCUGAAAUUGUUAAAGAGAACCGUCCACCAGUCAAUUGGCCAACGAGGGGUAAAGUUGAAAUUCAAGAUUUGCAGAUCAAAUAUAGGGAAGAUUCCCCUCUUGUUCUAAGGGGGAUCACUUGUACGUUUGAAGGAGGUCAUAAGAUUGGUAUUGUUGGGCGAACUGGGAGUGGCAAGACUACACUCAUCGGGGCCCUAUUUCGAUUAGUGGAACCAGCAGGUGGAAGGAUUUUGANAGCAGGUGGAAGGAUAUUGGUAGAUGAAAUUGACAUUUCUAAAAUCGGUCUUCAUGAUUUAAGGUCCCAAUUCGGGAUUAUACCUCAGGACCCUACACUCUUCAAUGGAACAGUAAGAUACAACUUGGAUCCCUUAUAUCAGCGUACUGAUGAGGAAAUAUGGGACGUUCUUGCAAAAUGUCAGCUAAAAGAGGCAGUUGAAGAAAAAGCAAAGGGGCUUAACUCAUUGGUUGUGGAAGAUGGAUCAAACUGGAGCAUGGGGCAGCGGCAGUUGUUCUGUUUGGGACGUGCUCUUUUGAGGAAAAGCAAGAUUUUGGUACUUGACGAAGCAACUGCAUCGAUCGAUAAUGCCACUGAUAUGAUAUUGCAGAAAACUAUCAGGACAGAAUUUUCUAACAGUACUGUAAUUACAGUUGCCCACAGGAUACCUACAGUAAUGGAUUGUACAAUGGUUAUGGCCAUUAGUGAUGGGAAAUUAGUGGAGUAUGAUGAACCAAUGAAGCUGAUGAAACAAGAAGGUUCGCUCUUCGGGCAACUUGUGAAGGAGUAUUGGUCUCAUUAUCAAUCCGCGGAACUCAUUGAAGAUAACUGCAUGUUUGCAAUAUCUUCUUUGGCCUGACACAUACUACCCAUGUAGUUGCAACUGCUAUGUACGCCCAACAAGCAACCAUUACUGCAGCGGAGAGCUAAAUGUCGAUCUGUUUUUCAUGAGGAUGUGAAGUUAAUCAAGAUAAGUAAUCUGGAAUAACAUAAACAAACGUGGGGUGUUCACUGAACGAGAAAAGUAUAGGCUCAUGUAUAGUUUAUAUGAUUUAAAUAUUUGGAUGAUAAUUAGUAAUAGACCGGUCAUUUAUGAGAAGAUAGUCUAAUCCUUUCCUCACAAAGAAGGGAGGAGGAAAGAAGAGAGAGUUUCAAACUUUACCUUCUCUUGUUUGGUUGGCAAAUAGGUAGAAAGAGUUAAAUAUUCAAUGCAGUAAAAAAAAGAAGUAAAAGCUUUAUCGGAGUUAAAUCAGAGGUUGAUAUGAGUCGGUUGCUCUAGUUGUGAGCACCUUCCACUUUCAAUUAAGAGGUUGUGAGUUCGAGUCUCAGAUUAUAUUGGGUUGUUGUUGUUGUUGUUUACUCUUUUGUGAAAUUUAUUUAAAAAUGAUAAAUCUGAAGGAAU